AUGUUUAUCCAUAAGAUACGAGUGCAAAAAAUAAUAGUUCUACUUUGUCUUGAACACUUGCUGGUGGGCCUGCACAUGGGCGUGCUUUGCUCAUCAGGCCUUCGAGGAGUAGUGGGAGAUGCUAUAGGAAGCGCGUCAAUCUAUCUUCACAAUAAGAAACCCCCUAUGUUCUUGAAUACUUUACGUAUACCAAGCGCAUAUGCCAAUGUUAUAGAAAAACAUGCGCCUGUCCCAAAUACAAGCAGUGGCAUUCCUCAGAGCACAAAGAUUACACCUUCUUCCUCUGCUCAGCAUAUGCCAAAUAAUUCGGGUAUUCUAGAUAGGUAUUUAUAUAAGCAUGUAAAUAGGAAUAACAAAUUGCCUAUUAUGCUAGCAGCUCCAUUAAUAAAAUAUCGGGCAUAUGAAGAAAAGAAGCUUCCAGAGAAUCUAAGCAGUAAUGGCGCAUAUAAGCAUACGCCUUUACCUAUCCAAGAAAUAUUUAAGAAAAUCCCCCCCAUUGAAUCUAAUCACGGCUCAGAAUUUAAAGAGUUAGAGAGUUCUGGGGAGGCUGCUAUACAGAAAAAGCAAAACAGUCAUCCAUCCUUUUCUGAUCUGUCUGACAUCGCACAUAACACAAAAAUUAUGGCUAGAAUGAAGGCCCUUUACAAAACACUAUUUUUGAAUAUGCUUGCGCCUUCUAUUAGGCAGCCAUCGGACAUGGAGUACUGGAUGUACCAAACCAGCAAUGAUAAUAUAAAAGCAUAUAUUGUUGCACAUACUGAAAAUCCAUCCAUUCCAAAGAAAUUAACUCAAAAUAGACAAGAUAAUACAUUUGUUAUAAUGAAUAACCAAUUGGGCAGGGUGUCUUUGGAGAGUUAUUUACCAAACUCUAGAAGCAAUUCAUUAAGCCAGGCAAAGCUUGAGAAGCUGAAUUCAAUUGUUCCUGGCAUAGUAAGCACUGUUCAAAAAGCACAGUCAAGUAAUGGCGGUGUGUAUAUAAAUAUAAAUGAAGAUGGUGUGUGUGUAUAUAUGGAUCCACUGCUGCGCAGCACAUUACAUGAUAUGGGGGAGAACAAUAUUGAUGACUAUUUGUUGAAAAAAACCAAAAAUUAUAUGGAUCUAAAGAUGCCAAACAGCAUAAAUCAGCAAGCUUCUGCCUUUCUUUCACUAAUUCAGCAGAUUUUCCAGAGCAAACAAAAAGAAACAGACUCGUUUGUAAAUGUUAAUAUAGUCGAUGUUAGCUCGCUUGAUAACGAAAGCAUGCCUUCUCUCUCUAUUACUGAAAUUGUAGACGAAUUCGAAUGGCCAGAAAUUCAAGAAUCACGACUAAGUAUCGAGGAAGAAGAACUGCCGUCAGUCUCUAUUUCUGCUAGUAAUAUUCCUUUGUUGCCUUCUGUGGAAGAAUCAGUGCAUCAAGCAACAAAGCCUGUUAAUAAUGCCGGCUCUUCUCUAGAAGACUUUAAAGCACUUCCUAGCUAUAAUCCAGAAAAUUUUAGAAAUGUCUCUGUUGCAACUAUUUCUGAGAUUUCUGAGCAGCUUAGCGAUUUUGUAAUACCACAUACACAUAUAAAUCCAGAAACAGCGCAUGAAUCUAUAGUCAGCUGCACAAACCAGGCUGAAGAAACUUAUGAUUCUCACACACCCGCAAGCUUUCAAUCUACUGUCUAUGCGCCUCCUGUCUUAGAAGCCCCAGCUUCUGUGGUGAGAGCAGUUUCCAGCAGCAGUCCAGAUUCUUCAAAGAUCAGUGCACCUGAAAAUAGCUCGCCAAAUGACCAGAAAAAGGAAAAAUCAUAUAAGAUUUCCCAUCCUGAGUCGAAAGAGGAUAAUCCACUGACUAAUUUGAAUAGAAGUGCCCAGCAGGAAGAGGCAAACCCAUCUGAAGAGAUGUACUCUGCGCAUUCUACUCUAAAUUCGGAUGAACAUAAUUUUAACAAUGCCCAGCCCAUGUCAUUCAAUGAUUUUAUGACCAGAGAUAUCACAUAUCACAUAGAAGACAGCAUAAAUUCAUAUAAUUCUUCCAUGAAUCCGAAUAUAAGAAAAAAUAUUUCAAUACAGAACCCAUUAGUAAAUUUGCACAAGCCGGAUUUAUCAUAUAAUUCCGCAGAAGAUGUGUCUGAAUAUAUCACAGCAGAGGACCAACUAAGCAACCAUGAUUUUAAUCACGACUCUGAAGAGAAUAGCAUCACACAAUCUAGAGAAAAAGAAGCCGCUGCUUCCUAUGAAAACAAUAUAAAAAAAGCCACCAAAGAAAGCAACUCAAUUCCGAGUGUUUGGGUCUAUGUUUUGUGGUGUUCUCUAACUUUUAGUGUAUUUUUAUUAUCUGUUUUUGUCAUACUGGCUUACAACAGAUAUAAAGCAAAGAAAAAAGAGAGAGCAAUUGCAAAAGCAAGAGCAAACACAGAUUUUUGUGACCAAGAUAAAUUAAUAUGCCAGGGGUCUAAUAUAUAAAUUAUAUCUUGUGAUUAACA